AUGAAAUGGAAGCCCACAUGUUAUGAAUAUUCCUUACAUAAUAGAGAAAAUAAUACUAAAAAGGUUUCAUAAUAUUACCAUUUUCUCUAUGAAUCAUAAUACUUUACCAAUCAUAUAAAAUAUACAUAAAUUCAUUGGGUUUUUAGGAUGUAAUUCAUGAAGUCUUAUUUCUUACAAUAAUAAUUGAAUAUUGUAUACAAAAGAAAAAUAUUAAAUAAAUUAAAAAAAAGAUUUAAAAUGGGAGCACACAAAUCAUUGAGAAUGAAGAAGAGAUUGAUCAAAGCAAAUAAGCAAAAUAGACCUCUUCCAAAUUGGUUUAGAUAUAGAACUGAUAACACAAUCAGAUAUAAUUCAAAGCGUAGACACUGGAGAAGAACUAAGCUUAACAUCAAUUGAUUUGUUUACGAUUAUAAUACCGUACAUUUAAUAAUAAAUCGAAAGCAAUCUGGCACA